GGAGGGUGGGAAGUGGCUAGGAGCCCCUUCCGGCUAGAGCAGUGACGCUAGUUUCGCACGUGUGUUUCUUCUUCGGAAUUCCCGCAUUACCCCUGCCCCUGGUGAAUUGGUCGGGCCUGGGUUCCCCUGCAGAUUAAAGGAUGAAGGCGAGAAGAAAUAAAAAACAGGUCCCAAGCUUUCGGAAGUUGCUAAAAACUAGUAAAGUCAAACUUGAAAACAAGCUGAAAAACAAACAAUUUAAACAACAAAGCACUCUCAAGAAGUACCGAAAAGAACAGAGGAAACUAAGACAAGCUGUAAAAGAUGCUGUGUCUAAGAAACCUAUUCCAUUGGAGGACCCAAAGGAAAAACGACCAGGUAAAAGGAUUGAGAGGGAAGAGGAAGAAGAGGAGGAAGCCCUUCCUUUAGAUAUGAUGGAUGAAGAUGACUUACAGUUAAUGAAGGAUUUAGGGCAAAGAGCGUCUUUUCUAACGAGAGAUCUUUCUUCUAGUGAGCCUGUUCACGCCAGGAAGCGGAAGCAUGAACAUGUUAUAGAUAAAUAUGAAAAAAUACCAAGAACUCUGCAAACUGCACCAGAAAAGGAACUGAUUCACUUACUUCCUAUUAAAGAUAAAAGUGGUAUAAUCCCACAGACAAGAGAGAAACCAGUUAUUGACAGUAACCAAGAUGAAGAGGAUCAAGAAGAGAUGGAACCUGAAGAAGAGAUCAUUGAAGAACCCAUUAAAGAGCUGACGUUAGAAGAACAUUUAAUUGAGAGGAAGAAGAAACUACAGGAGAAGAAAAUGCGUAUCGCAGCCUUGGCAUCUGCCAUAUUAUCCGAUCCAGAAAGUAAUAUUAAAAAAUUGAAAGAAUUACGUUCCAUGCUGAUGGAACAGGAUCCUGACAUGGCUGUUACUGUUCGAAAGCUGGUGAUAGUUUCUCUGAUGGAGUUAUUUAAAGACAUUACUCCUUCUUAUAAAAUACGACCCCUAACAGAGGCAGAAAAAUCUACCAAGAUCCGCAAAGAAACCCAGAAGUUAAGAGAAUUUGAAGAAGGCCUGGUUAGCCAAUAUAAAUUUUACUUGGAAAAUCUGGAGCAAAUAGUUAAAGACUGGAAGCAAAGGAAGCUGAAGAAAAGUAACGUGGUUUCCUUAAAGGCCUACAAGGGACUGGCAGAGGUGGCUGUGAAGAGCCUGUGUGAGCUGCUGGUGGCCCUGCCUCAUUUCAACUUUCACAACAACAUCAUUGUACUGAUUGUCCCUCUCAUGAAUGACAUGUCAAAAUUGAUAUCUGAAAUGUGUUGUGAAGCAGUAAAGAAACUCUUUAAACAAGAUAAAUUAGGCCAAGCAUCGCUUGGUGUAAUUAAAGUGAUUUCUGGUUUUGUGAAAGGCAGAAAUUAUGAAGUUAGGCCAGAGAUGUUAAAAACAUUCUUGUGCCUAAGGAUCAAAGAAGUAGAAGUGAAAAAAGAUACAGAGGAUAUUAAUAAACAAAAAAAGUUCAUGACUUUCAAGGAAAAGAGAAAAACUCUAUCAAGAAUGCAGAGAAAGUGGAAGAAAGCAGAAGAGAAACUAGAGAGAGAGCUUCGGGAGGCAGAAGCUUCGGAGAGUACUGAGAAAAAACUUAAACUGCACACGGAGACUCUGAAUAUUGUGUUUGUGACCUACUUUAGAAUAUUGAAGAAGGCCCAGAGGUCACCUCUCCUGCCAGCAGUUCUGGAAGGUCUUGCCAAGUUUGCUCACCUUAUAAAUGUGGAGUUUUUUGAUGAUUUAUUAGUAGUUCUACAUUCUCUCAUUGAGUCUGGUGACCUAAGCUAUCAAGAAAGUCUUCACUGUGUCCAGACUGCUUUUCAUGUUCUUUCUGGGCAAGGUGAUGUUCUGAAUAUUGAUCCAAUGAAAUUCUAUACACAUCUUUACAGAACACUGUUCAAGUUACAUGCAGGUGCUACGAAUGAAGGUGUUGAGAUCGUCCUCCAGUGCCUUGACGUCAUGCUGACUAAGCGCAGAAAGCAGGUUUCUCAGCAGCGGGCCCUUGCCUUCAUCAAGCGCCUUUGUACCCUUGCUCUUCAUGUGCUUCCAAAUUCAAGCAUUGGCAUUUUAGCAACUAACAGAAUAUUAAUGCAUACUUUCCCCAAAACAGAUCUGUUGCUUGACAAUGAAUCUCAGGGUAGUGGAGUUUUCCUUCCUGAGCUGGAUGAACCUGAGUACUGCAAUGCUCAGAACACUGCUCUUUGGGAAUUGCAUGCACUGAGGCGACAUUACCAUCCUAUAGUGCAAAGAUUUGCAGCUCACCUCAUCGCUGGAGCCCCUUCCGAAGGCUCGGAAGCACUCAAACCAGAGUUGAGCCGAAGAUCUCCUGCAGAACUUUUUGAGGCUUAUAGCAUGGCAGCAAUGACAUUCAAUCCUCCUGUUGAAUCUUCAAAUUCCAAAAGGAAGGAUAAAGUUUUACAAGGGGAUUCAUUUUUAAGUGAAGAGAUAAGUCAACUAAUCAAAAGACAUUGUAGUGAAGUUGCUACUCAGUCGCCUCUGGAUUUCACCAAAUAUUUGGAAACAUCAGUACGAACCUAAAAAGCCCUGACCCAAGAUAAUGGGAUGUGCAGAAGUUCUGGAGGAGGCAGUUUCCUGUAUUUGGCCUCGUCUGUUUUGAAAGAGCUUUCUUUGUAAGUGUAUACGGGGCACCAGUUGUUUCAGGAGUUGCUCCUUAAACAUUGGCUCAAUGUAUCAGCCUUCUUUGGGGCUGUUAUAAGUCAAAUUUGGCCCUGUCAAGAGAUAGUAAUAAAUUCUUUAAUUAUGAGCUUCUACAAAUAUCUGAUUGUGAUGAAGACAGAUGAUGCAGCUCUGUAGUAUAAGCAACAAUGCCUUCACUGUGCAGGUGGUCUCUUGAGAAUUUUAAAUCUUAGAACUGUGAUGGAACAGGUGAAAGGUGGGCGUUAAUAAUCCCUUGGGUUCAUUAAGAAACUAAGUGAAAAGAAGAAAUCUAUGUUUGGUUUCCUCACAUGCUUGUUCUUUUUUUAAAUUCAGGUUCCAUAUAAAUUGUUUUAAGAUAGAAUGAAAUUUACUCUGUAUGUGAAUACCAAGCAGUAAGCUGGCAACCAAAGGCAUGAGUUACCGCAGGCUGUUAUGUCAUUUUGCUUUCUUUUUAAUCAUUACAUCCUGGAUGCCAGAUUUUCAUUUUUUAAUUGAGGCAGAAGAAGUUGAGGUUGUUGAGAGUAAAUCAGACCUAAAUUAGAAGAACAUCAACCUAGAAAUCCAAAGGAGUAAAAGCUGAGUGGCCCAUAGCAGCCCUUCAAGAAUGUUCAUGUGAGUUACCAGUAAUUAAGACAGUUCUGUGUCUGAUGAAAUAAGGCUGUUGUAGUUUGGGCAAGUUUGUUGUCCUCUUGGGGCCUUUAGUUAUCUACAAAAUAAGGAGAUCUAAAAUUAUCAGUGCUGAAGUGAUGUGUGUCUUCAGAGCCCUUUUCCUGCAGGGUACCAUUCCUACCUGCCUCAGGGACAUCCUCCUCUUGGAAAAGACAAACGACAGUGUACAGACUGUGUCUUACAAAGUAGUGUAAGUUGACCCCCCCGUUUCAGAACAGUGCAAUGACUCAGAAUACCUGGGUAAAACGUGCUACCCUUGCUCACUGUCGAUAGUCUAUCGUGUCACUGGAGGACAAGCCGCCCACAGGUUUCUCCUCCUUGUUUUGGACAUUUUCGGAGGUCAAGACCUGAGAAGGUGAUGUGAGUCCUCGGGGCUGUUUAGUCGACUUGGUGAGCUUCUUGAGUUCACUUGCAAAAGAGAUGCCUUUUCUUUUGUCUUCUCGGGAUGCCUGUGGAAAACGAGAAUCUUCCAUUGGUAUUAGGUUAAAGCCAGGGUCCCCAAUCACAUGACACUAUCAGAAAAAGCCCUUUCCUGUUCCCUUUCUAGUAAGUAGAGCUUUGGAAAGCAGGGCUGAGGGACUCUCCUCUCAGGACUGUGGAAGCUCAGAGGGGAAGACAUUUCUUUCCACACAGUGAAAACAGCCAAACAACAUUCUUCCGACUAAUUUCCUUGACUCGGGAACUUUCUCCUAGAUUUCACUAGCUCCUGAAUUUGAUUACACUGUAGUUAUGAAUAUCAAAUAAUUUGUGAAGAGAGAAAAAUAACCUUGCACUUUACCUGCACUUGUUCCUUUAGCUUAAGGAUGAAUUUUCCUGCACCUUUCCACCUGCUUUGAGCUUGAAAAACACACUCCUGAUCCAAAAGGACACGCUGGGAGGACUUUGGGGUAGAAGACUUCCUGUUGGCAGUGUCUUUCACCACCUCUUCCAAAAGCACAUAAUCACCCGGGUUCGGGUUGCUCAAGAUGCUAUAGGAAUAUUUGGCUUUGCAUAAGGUCUGAAAGACAAGUUAUGAUCGACUGAAUAAAGACACACUAUCUCCAACACCUGCUUCACUGUAGAUGAGACUUUGAGGUGGGAAAAUACCAGACUUUAAGAGAUGGAAGGGGUCUUUCAGAUCAUGUCAUCCCACUUCUCAUUAUACAUUGUCGUAGUUGUAGCUAGCUUAUAGGAACUUUCCCACAUUGCCUCAUUUAGCUUCACAACCGUCCAUGAUUUAGGUGUUACUCUGCCCAUUUUUCAGACAAGGAAGUUUAAGCAUACAGAAGUCAGGCAGAUUCCAGUGGAUGCACAGCUAGUAAGUAACAGAAAAAGGACUUGAACUGGAUUUUCUGCAUCCACCAAAGCUGGUAGAGAUGGAAGGUCAUGCAGACAGUGAGGGACAGAAUCUUGACCCUCGGGAGCCUCUUUGUUCCACGAGGCUCCCUCUUCAUCUCAGGGUCUUAGAUGUUAGAACUUACCUGGUCUCACUUCUCAUUUAGUACAAGAUUAUCUUUCAUUUAUGCAUUUAUUCACUCAUCACAUGUUUAGUGAGGGCUUACUAUGUCCCAGAUACUGUAUAUAGUUUGGGGAGUUCAAGGUCUAUUAAAGAGGCUAAUAUUAACCAAACUAUCAUGCAAUAAGAAUAGCAAAUAGCACUUAAGUAGUGUUUGCCAUGUGCUAGGUGUUGUAAUAGGUGAAUGUGCUUUACAUAUAUUUACUUAAUCUUCACAAUAACUCUAUAAGGAAAGUGCUAAUGUACUAUCUCCAUGUUAUCUGCAUGGUAGCUUAGCACAUGGUGUUGUGCUGGAGUCCACUGGAAUCAGAUGUGGUGGGAGGAUUUACAAGAUAGAAACUGGCAAAUGCUACAAAAUCAGGGCCUUUUUUUUUUUUUUUGAAGUGAGUCAGUUUACCAGCACACCAGUGUAACUAAGGCUCAGAUGGUUCAGUAACUUGUCCAAGCUCUCAGAGCUAGUAAGAAGUAGAGCUGGGAUUUGCACCUGGAGCAAUCUGAUCUAGAGUCUGGUAACUGUUACGCUAUCUUCUCAAGUGAGUGUUUAAUAAACGCAAACCAUAACAGGGCUUCAAAAGAAGGAAACAGAGUUCUCUGAAGCCAUGUACACAGAGAAGCAUGACCAGAGGAGGGGAGAGGGUGAGAGGAGGCCUCCUGCAUGUUCUCUGAAGGAUCCCUGAGAGAUGGCCAUUAAGUAUUGGCUUAGGCCUUUCUGGGAUGAUGACGUUCCCGCUCUGCAGAGCCACCUUCUAGAUCCAUUAUUGGGGCUUCAGAGAGAGCCUGACUCACAGUAGAUACUGGGCAAGUAUCGUUGAAGGAAUCAGUAUUUCCCAGCCUUAAGAGGCACACUCUCCCUUGUCAGGUCCCCUUUGUUCUAAAACCUCAUUCACAAAGGGAGCUGAAAUCUGAUUUGUCCCAAUAGUUCACACUGAGGACAGGACUGAGGUGAGGAGGGGAGGCCUUCACCUGCUGAAUGACGUCCUGCGCAGUGCUGACGCGGGGCGCCUUGAUGACUGUCCGCGGUUGCUCGGGAGAAACGUCGUGCACCUGGACAAAGAAACUCUCCUCCUCUGAGCUCAGGAUCAUCUCCUUGUCAUCUUGAACGAUGCUCUUCUCUUCCAGGUUCUGUGUUAAAAAAGAAGAAAAGUCUGAGUAGAUGGUAAGAUGAUGUAGAAUAAGGAAAGAAAAGCCUAGCGAAAAUUUGACAUGGAUCUUGGUAACGUGGAAACAACUUCUUAGCUUUAUAUUCCAUACGCUAGUUACUAUUUCAUAAACUAUUCUAAAACGAUUUACUUCUCUUCUUAGAGGAGGAAAGUACUGUAAGUUUCUGCUGAUGUUGACACGCUGAUAAGGUUUGGUCCAGAACAAGCCAGUAGAUCUGCUCCUAUGAGCUGUGGAUUUUGAGUCCAAAUCAGCUAGAGAUAAAUUUGUAAAAAGACAAUAUGCCAUUUUGCCAAUUACUAAAAGCCAAAUAAGAACACAAUAAAUACAUUUAAGAGAAAUCUACCCAUUCCCCCACAGACCUUGAGCACUUAAGAAAUGCUAGACAUCUGAAACGUAAAACAUGCAAAAUCGGCAUUCAGGCAGGCUGGAUGAACAAAACCCACAGUGGAAAGGCUAAAACAAUGACUGGAAGUAAGUCACAUCGAAAGGAAUAUCGACAGAAUUCUCAAUAAUUAUGAGAAUUGGUCAUCAGGUUAGAUGGCUGUUGGUGGGCUGGCUUUCAGUGAAUUUUACAUAUAUAAUUAUAUAUAUUACAUACACAGAUAUAUCUAUAGACAUGUAUCUUUUAAAAAAUUUUCUAGUGGUAAGAAAAUAUAUCAAUAAAAAGGCAAACUUCCCAUUUCUACCUUUUUUCUUUUUCUCUUCCACCUCUCCCAUCUCAUUCUCCACAAAAAAGCCCACUGUUACUAGGUUGCAUAUCCUUUUAACCAUCUGCUAUGGAUAUACAAAUGUAUUUUUGUAUAUGUGAAUAAAUAUAUACAAAGAAACCCUGGAAUUAUGUGAAUUUAGAUAUAAUGUGAUCGUCAAAUGGCCCCUAUCAAAUGAGGUUAUGUAAAGCUGUCUUCCGCAAGGGGGAGGCAAGGCAAGUGAGCAGUAGGGAACCCCAUCUCAGGAAGUGAGGAUGUGGCAGGAAGGCCCUCCAGUCCUCAGCAUUCUAGCUUAAUCUCAGAUCAGGCCACAGAAAUGGUGCUACCUAACCAGAAGACUCCAAGAAUCACUGUCAUUGUCCUGGAAAGUCCAGCCAGCCCCAGGACCUAGAAUAGUCCCCACUGAUUUUAAAGUCAAAAUGGACAACUGUCACCAGGUGGCGCCAAACUGUAGCCAGGACCAGAAAGGACUGGCUCCUGGGGCUUCUCAACAACCAGGCACGCAGCCUCGCCCCAAUCAUUUCAUUAAGCUUGCAGUCGUGGUCCCUAGAAUUUACACAACUGAACUGUUUUGACCCCAUUCAUCAUAUUAUGCGUGAAGGGGAGAGAGCCAUUGUUUAUUUUUAUUACAUAAAAUGAGACUGUAC